AUGCCCAAAUAUGCAAAGUUCAUGAAAGAUAUCAUAACUUCAAUAAAGAAAUUGGGGAACAACCCCACAGUAAAGCUGUCCAAGAGAAGUAGCGUCAUCUUGCAAGGCCAAAAACUGCCAGAGAAAAAGAAAGAUCCAGGGAGUUUCGAUAUACCUUGCACAAUUGGUUCUAUUUAUUUUGAUAAAGCGUUGUGUGAUUUAGGUUCUAGCAUUAAUUUAAUGCCCUUAUCUAUUGCUAGAAAAAUGGGUUUGGGGGAGGAAAUUAAAUCUACUUCUGUUUCUUUGCAGAUGGUGGAUAGAUCAAUUACACUACCCAAAGGCAUGAUCGAAGAUGUGAUUGUUAAGGUUGAUACCCUUGUCUUUCCUGCAGAUUUUCUUGUCAUAGAUAUGGAAACCAAUGGCAAUACACCAAUCAUCUUGGGCCGGCCAUUCUUACUUACUGGGAGGACCCUAAUUGACGUUGAACAAGGUCUUGUGGUUUUAAGGGUAGCAGACAAGAGUGUGGCGAUCAAUGUGUAUAAAGUGUUGCUCUAUCCAGAAAGUGAAGAAAUAUCCUCACACUUUGAAACAGAAAAUCCAUGUGAUCCAGUAGAGGCUUGUUUAGUCCACCACAAUAACAAGGAGACGGCAAAUCGGGAAAUUAUUGAGAUGGCACAAUACUUGGAUGCAUCAAAGCCAAAAAUUAAAGAUAAGUGGCCGAAAUUCGAACCACUUGGUGACGCACCCCCUAAGCUACAACCAAAGGAAGAGAAGUUGUUAAAAAUUUUGCGACAGCACAAAGCUACCAUAGGAUGGACAAUUGCAGAUAUCAAGGGAAUUAGCCCUUCCAAGUGCAUGCACCACAUUUUAUUGGAGGACAAUUUCAGACCUUCCAUAGAGCACCAACGCCGACUCAAUCCAAACAUGAAGGACGUUGUCCGAGUUGAGGUUGUGCCAAAAAAAGGAGGGAUAACUGUUGUAAAAAAUGAAAACAAUGAGAUGGUGCCGACCCGCACUACAACUGGAUGGAGAGUUUGCAUUGACUACAAAAAAUUAAAUUCAGCAACCCGAAAAGAUCACUUCCCGCUUCCAUUCAUAGAUCAAAUGUUGGAGAGAUUAGCUGGGCAUUCGCACAACCGCUUUUUGGACGGGUAUUCUGGGUAUAAUCAAAUACCAAUUGCUCCUGAAGAUCAAGAGAAGACCACAUUCACAUGCCCAUUUGGCACCUUUUCGUACCGACGUAUGCCUUUUGGCCUAUGCAAUGCAUCAACCACUUUCCAACGGUGUAUGAUGAGCAUUUUUUCCGACAUGGUGGAACGUUUCAUUGAGGAUGCCAAAUUUAAUUUCACUUCGAAGUGUUUGGAGGCUUUCAGUACUUUGAAGGAGAAGCUUACCUCAACACCCAUCAUAGUUGCACCAGAUUGGGAAUUGCCAUUUGAAAUUAUGUGUGAUGCUAGUGACUAUGCGGUUGGAGCAGUUUUGGGUCAAAGAAAAAAUAAACUACUCCACGUAAUUUCUUAUGCCAGGCGAACAUUGAACGAUACCCAAUUAAACUACUCCACCACAGAAAAAGAAUUGCUUGUCGUAGUGUUUGCAUUGGAUAAAUUCCGCUCUUAUUUGAUUGGGUCUAAAGUGAUUGUUUAUUCUGAUCAUGCUGCUCUGAAAAAUUUACUCUAUAAGAAAGAGGCCAAACCCAGAUUGAUCCGUUGGAUACUCUUAUUACAAGAAUUUGAUUUUGAAAUUCGUGACAAGAAAGGAACAGAAAACGUCGUCGCUGACAUGGACUAG